UUGGUCUCUAGGUACGCAGGCGGUCCAAUCCGAACGGCCGGAGGGGCCCGCACGGCCGCGGGGUCCCCGGCUGCACCAAUGGACGCGCCCCCUGGCCCGGGUGGAGGCGGGGCAGACAUUUGAGCUGGGCGCCGGGCACGCUGACGCAUGACGUCCGAAGGCGACCAGGCCGGGUGUAGCCGCCGGCCGCUCCCCGCCCUCUUCCCGGCGGGUGGUGGUGAGGGUGCCUGCCGGGCAUUUUCCUGCCCGAGCUUUGGUACAAUGACAGCUUUGAACCCCGGCGCGGAGCCGGGACGCUCGGGAGGGCGCCCCUUUUGUCCCUCCGGCCCCGCCCGGGGUCUCCGGGGUGGGUGCGCCUCGCGGGCUCCCGGCCUGUAUGCGUUCCGCGCCCCUUGGCCGCGCCUUUCUCUUUUCCCCUCCCAAGCAAGAUUCGCGCGGGCGAGGAGGCGUGUCUGCCCCGGGUCCCGCGCGGGCUGCUGGCCUGCCUGGGGACGCUUCCCCGGCUCGCCGCGCCGGACGCCCAAAUUGCUCGCAGCCCCCUUGCACGCUCUUUCCCAUCGGAAGUCCUGGCCAUCGGUGCAGCCCGGGGAUGGGGAGGGGGGCGGCUCCCGCGGGAGGAACCGGGAGCUCCCCUACUCGUCCCCGGCGGCCCGAGACCCGGGGCGCGCCCGCGCUGCCCCUGAUCCCGGGGUCAUUCGGAACCGGGUUGGUCCCCCGGCCGGUGCUAACGUGGCAGCCUUGGGGGACGCGCCCACCGCGGCCUGUGCUUGCAGGACUGAGCUACGUGCCGGGCGGCCGGCGCCGCUGUGCAGGGAACACAGGGCCCCUUCCUCCCCCGCCCGCCCCCAGGCCCGCUGCCAACUUCUCGAGGCUGCCCCUCUCCCACCGCGGUCCUGGAGGCUUCAAAGGCCACCAGCUGCGAGGACCCUGCCAACCGCGCUCUCCACCCACCCGCUGUCGGGGCCUCGCGAAGGAAAUGCUCGGCCGCGCCCCGCCCAAGGCCUCCCUGCCCCGACCGGGCCAACUUGCCCUUGACUCUCACCAGGCCCAGGCCACCUCCGCAGAGGCGGAUGCCCAACUUCUAACGCCUCGGAACCGAGCGCAACACACCCUUUUCCCCUGGGCCCUCCAUUUCCCUGGGCCCUCGCUGGCAGCCCCUGACUCGGGGAGACCGAGGUCAGGGGUCUGCAGCUCUGGGAUCAGUGGCCUUGCGAGGCCGCCCGCGAGGUCAGCCGUCCACGAGGGGAGCCGACAGGGUGCGGGCAGCCGGGGCUCUGGACCCCUGUGGACCCCCGAAAUGGGGGUUGGGAGCGGCAGAAUUAAGAGUGUGGCCUGGUGGACUUUCUCACCGAAUUAAUUUGGGGCUCAGGCCAAAAAGACUUGUUUUCCUGAUAGCCAAGGGGGAACCGAGGCGGGUAUUCUGGGUUGCCUGUCAUUGUGAACUGAAAACGCAAGUAGAGGUGCUCUAUACGCUAAAAUUCCUUCUUGGUGAAUCAAUUUGGUGCCCUCCAGUGGGGCUGCCAAGCCAGCUGAGUAGGGAUGGAUUGGAUAGGGACCCACUGAGGUUAGUCCCUCAUGAAGGGUCUCUCGACUUGGCAGGAGGCAAUCAUUCUUCAAGAUAGAUUGUGUUAAUGACAUUUGAAAGGUUCUGUCCUGACCAAGUAAUGAUUCAGAAUGUUCUUAUGUUCUCACCACAUGUGAGUUCCUUCAUUAGGGGAUGGAGCUGGCGGGUCUCUGACAUCCCCUUGACCUGCAGGUUCUCCCUGCCCCAUCCAGCCAGCCCCACUCUACCCAGCCUUCCAAGUGCCACCCCUCCCCACCUUCUCCGUGACCCCUGCUGGCUCACUCCCCACCUGUCCACAUGCCGCCCUGCCUUCUGUGAGUGUGCCCUGUCCUGGGCAUAGGACUGGGGUCUCCAAGGAAGCCAUCCUGCCAGAGUCAAGGGCCCCCUGCAGCACACACCCCCAUCCACAGCCCUCCGCUGAUGGUGGCCCCCUGGAUUUUGGCUGCGCCCCAUGGCUUGUUCAUGCACCUGAUGAUGUUUAAGGCAGUCUCUGACGGAAGCCUCAGCCCAGGCAGCCUUCAACUCACACUCCCAUAGAAAAGGCUUUUUCAGACAGAUGCAGCUCUUGUCCACAGAGAAAACCUCACCAUCGCUAUGCAAACCUGUUUCCCAGCUAAGGAGGAUCUUGACAGAGGUGGCUCGAGUGUAUGAGGCUGGGGUGGGGAAUGCAUUUCAGACGGAAGGGACAACACAAGCAGGGAAGCGGAGAUCAGGUGAGGAAAAGCAAAUGCAGAUGGAAAUGGAGCUGGGGAAUAAAGAGGCUAAAGGGUAGAGGUAGUGGAUUGAUAAUAUGGUAACUUUAACUUUCUCCUAGAACCUCCUAAAAACACAAACAAAGUUCUAGACAGGCAGAACAAGAGAGGAAGUAAAAGCAACACAAUUUUUGAAGCUAAACUACUUAGCAGACCUGAGCAAAUGAAAUCCCGAGAUGGGAGCUGGGAAGGAAAGCCAAGAACAAACCCUGUGGAAUUCUCAAGGGUUCAAGAAUUGGUGGCACUAGGUGCCUCUGAAAGUGUGUGUGCAUGUGUGUGUGUGGGGGGGGGAAUUAACAUAUGAAUAAUUGGCUGAAAGUCUGUUUAAGAAGCCCCAGAUCCCCUCUCAAUUCUUGCGCAGCCUUCCUACUGCUUCUUCCCCAUCUUGACAAAAGACUAUAAAUGGUUUGGUUUAUUAUCCAAAGGGGGUAAAAGAGGAGUGUCUCGGCCGGGGGGACCGUCAUAGGAACGGGAUGGAACGAACACAUGGAUGUUGGAUGCCGAGACCCACUCCUUGCUCCCCAGGAUUUUAGGAAGCAGGCAGCUAGGUCUUCUCACUCCAGGAGGGAGGGUCUUUCCUGGGGGAUCAGACCCAGCCAAGAUGAACUGUCUAAACUUUCUGACAUCUGCAGUCACCUAACUCAACAGCCGGGUCACCCUGUAGGAAAGGGCACAGUUAACUAGAGCCACUUGUGCAUACAGAGCUUCCAGACAGUCUCAGACCCUCACGGUCAAGUAAGAGCAAGUGGUCAAGCUGACCCUACAUCUUGGGAAAGCCAUUGUUAUGGAAUAGAAAGCCUCAGUAGAUUUCUAAAAGACUACUCAGAGGAAUCAGAAAGAAGAAAAUGUCAACAAAACUUCAAUAAUGUCAUCAGAGCAAUAAAAGAUACUGCAUCUCCUGGAAGGAGAACAAAUAUAAAGAAACAUUCAGAAAACAAAAAGUUCUCAGAAAUGUUUUAAAAGGUAGCUGAUAUGAAUAAUGGGGUCCAAAAGUGUCCUGAGUUUCGAAGCAGGUCUCAUACAGGUGGUCAGUAAUCAGAAUUACUGUGGACUUCUCAACAGCAGCAAGUGGACAUUAGAAGGCAAUGUAACAAAGAUCUGGGAAUUCUAAAGGAAAUUUAUUUUCCAAUCUCCACCCAGCCAGACUAUAAACCAAGUGUUUUUAGAUGCCUGAGGUCUCAAAAACAUUUCCUUCCCAUGCAUCCUUCUCAGGGAGCUCCCAGGAUGAUGCUCCACCAAAAUAAAGGGUAAACCAAGAAGGAGGGAAGCAUGAGAUCCGGGAAACCAGGACCCCAACACAGGACAGAGAUGAGGCAAAACCCUAGGGUGAGAGGGGCUGUGCCAGGCAAAGAGGGCAACCAGUGCAGGUUGGAGCUGGUCAGAAAGUUCCAGGGACACUUCUUCAAGAAGGUGAGAUGGAUAGAAUCCAUGUGACGGCCAGGAGGGGUUGGGUCAGGCCGCAGUACAAACAACCCCCAAAUCCCAAAGGUCUAUUUGUGGCCAUGCUACAAAUUGAGAGUGAAGCACCCAGGUCGAAGGAGCAGUCUUUGUCUACAGCAUUGCUGGUUGCCAUGACUGAGGGGAAGAGAGAGCAUUAAGUGAAAGUGUCCCUCAUUCCUUCCAGUUCUCGGGGCAAGGAAGUGUAACUCUACCGUGGGCCCUGGUGGAGAGAAGGAAUCAAAUAUUUGCAAACAGCCCAAUGACAACCACAGUUCACCCUCCUGCUUACCAGUUAUUCACUCUUUUCCACGCACAUCAUACAUCUUCCCCAGUCCCCGCAGGGGAGAGAGCCCCCAAAAUCCUGCCAGUUGUGGUGCCCAGCUUGAGGUCUAGGACCUCCGUAGGAAGCCCAGUGGUUUCUUCAUCAGAUCUGGUUGUGAUUCCUCUUGGUCAGAAGACCUGUGACCUAAAGACAAGUUGUCUAUGCUUCCCCCACCCCAAUGCACACGGGUGGAACAGGGCAGAAUAACAAAGCCAACACCGCAGUCCAGAAAGGGGAAGCAUGGGAGACACCCAGCAAACAAUGUCUAUAGCAAUCCUGAAAUCCUGCUGGGCAGAUAUUGUCCCCUUCUUGAGGGAAAAUGUUCCUUGGAUCCUGCUACCUGGGAAGCCUGGCCAGUCCACUGUUCUCCAGGAGAGGUCCUUCCUUUGCCAUUGUCCUCCUUGGCUGCCUAUGAAGUGGGCAGUGGGGAGUAGGCUCUCUUUGGGAGCUGAGCAGUUUCCUCAGCCACCUUCCUGCCUGUAGAAGGUUGGAGACCAAGGGUUAUUUAAAACCAAGGGUUAUUUAAAAGUUUCAGCCCCAGACUGUAUUAGUCCUGGUUCCUGGUUUCUUUGGCAUUAUGAAUUUCUCAAAAAUAUUGUUCACUUCUUACCUAAUCUGUUUGAUUCUGGUUAGCAUCAUUGCCAGUAGCUCCACUCAUGGUUCUUAAGACAUCCUUUCCUCUCAACUUAAUUGCAGGUUCCUUGAACCUCUCAGUCUUCAGUGGUAGAGCAACACCCCUUAGUCUGUUUUCUCUGAGCCUUCUAAGUUACCCCAGGUGAAACAACUUACCACAUUUUAUACCACCCUAU